UUCAGGCGGACUCACUUCAACAACCUCUUGCUGCUUGUAGUUUAGCCGGACAAAUAGCGGGUUUGACACUCGCUCACCCCUCACAGGUAUGUGGACUUAAACUAUGCGUUUCCAGACCGACCCGGGGCAAAGAUGCAAUGGAGGUCAAUACUUGUUGGUAUUGUCGUUUUAAGACUCUCCCUCAGCUGUGUGCUGUGGCUAGCCUUCGGAUUGGGACCUAGCUGGGGAUUCAACUUCCACCUCGGGUUCAAUUUGCACAAAUUAGAGUUGCUGUUCAGGGAGGAAAAGGAGACCGAGCCGAGAGAUAACUCGUGGUCUCAACGAAUACACGGCCACAGAUAUGAAGAGUCGGCGACCACCUGUGCGUCGGCUGGAGAGGAGUCCCCCAAGAGAUCCUACCUGAGCUUCUUCGAUGGCAACAAGGACGAGUAUGUGCGGAGAUACAGCUCCUUCCCAGACACACUAAAGGCCCAAAUGAAAGAAAUGGCCAAAGAAAUGUUUUAUUUCGGAUAUGAUAAUUAUAUGAAAUAUGCCUUUCCUGAGGACGAACUGAAUCCCAUUGACUGUGAAGGGAGGGGUCCAGACGUGCAAAAUCCGUCAAAUAUCAACAUAAAUGAUGUCUUGGGCAACUACUCCCUUACUCUCAUUGACACCUUAGACACUCUGCUGGUGCUCGGCAACGUGUCAGAGUUUCACAGAGCUGUCAAACUGGUUAUUGAUACUGUAUCUUUUGACAAGGACUCAACUGUGCAAGUUUUUGAGGCAAACAUCAGGAUCUUGGGAAGCCUUAUUUCAGCGCACAUUCUGCUGACUGACCCAAAACAUCCAUUUGGCAAUGUGGGCUUUGAAGGUUACGAUAACGAGCUGCUGCACUUGGCUCAUGACUUGGCUGUGCGUUUGCUGCCAGCCUUUGAGAACACCAGCACGGGCAUUCCCUACCCCAGGGUGAACCUGAAGAACGGCGUUCCUCCCGAUAGUGUGAAUGAGACCUGUACUGCAGGAGCCGGGUCCUUGUUAGUGGAAUUUGGAAUUUUGAGCCGCUUAAUUGGAGAUUCGACAUUUGAGUGGGUAGCUAGACGAGCUGUCAGAGCUCUGUGGAACCUGAGGAGCAAUGAAACUGGUCUGUUGGGCAAUGUAGUUAAUAUCCAAACAGGCCAGUGGGUUGGCAAGCAGAGUGGUCUUGGAGCUGGUAUGGACUCAUUCUACGAGUAUUUGCUCAAGUCGUACAUCCUGUUUGGAGAAAAAGAGGACUACCGGAUGUUUCAAGCUGCUUAUGAAAGCAUCCAGAAUCACCUGAGACGAGGGAGAGAGUCAUGCAAUGAAGGAGAGGGCGACCCACCUCUCUAUGUUAAUGUGAACAUGUUCAGUGGUGAGAUAAUGAACACCUGGAUUGACUCGCUUCAGGCUUUCUUUCCUGGGCUUCAGGUGCUGAAUGGUGACAUAGAUGAUGCUAUUUGCCUGCAUGCCUUUUACUAUGCUAUCUGGAAGCGCUUUGGGGCUCUGCCAGAGAGAUACAACUGGCAGCUGCAGGCCCCUGAUGUGCUUUUCUACCCUUUAAGACCAGAGCUGGUAGAGUCCACUUACCUGCUGUACCAGGCAACCAAAAAUCCUUUCUAUUUGCAUGUUGGAAUGGAUAUUCUUCAGAGCCUUGAGAAAAAUGCCAAAGUCAGAUGUGGAUACGCCACUCUCCACCAUGUUGUGGACAAAUCCAAAGAGGAUCGCAUGGAGAGCUUCUUCCUCAGUGAAACAUGCAAAUAUCUUUAUCUGCUGUUUGAUGACGACAACCCACUUCACAAAUCUGAUAACAAGUACAUCUUCACCACUGAGGGUCACGUUGUGCCUAUAGACAAACGCUUCAGGGAGAAACAAUGGAAUGAUGACUUUCCAUGUGAAGAGGGAGCGCUGGCAGAAAGAGAGCCAGUUAACCAGCCUGCUCCGAGAAACAUCAGCAAUUGUAACAGGAUCCCAGAGGAGCGACGGUACACUCUGCCGUUAAAGAGCGUCUACAUGAGGCAAAUAGAUCACAUGGUGGGACUUUUUUAAAUGAGAGGAUGGAUUCGAUGACAUUGGCAGGAACGGGCCUUCAUUGCACAGAUGAUGGGACUACUGGUCAGAAUUUUCUUCCUGUCUGUCCUGCUGCUCGGGAAACUGACACUAAAGUAAUCCUGAUAAAGCGGUUUGAUCAAAUGAAGUUUAAGUGGGCUUUUUUUUUUUUUUUAUAUUUUGGCGGGUGAAAAUGCUGCCCGACUUUUUCUGUGGGAGGACAAGGAGUCAUUCUUCAUUGCAUUUUGGCAGGCGACUCAUUGAGAAAGUGGUUUUAGAAUAACCGAUGUGUUCUUAUGGAGCAAAAAAAAAAAAACGUCUGUUCAGGUAUGAGUGUGUACGAUUGUGUUUGUGUGUGUAUGCACAUUUGAAAUUUCAGCUGAGCUGUGAAUCAUAAUGUUGUGUUAAUGGGACCAGUACCAUCUAGCCACACAUAUUAAAGUGCAUAGCCUAUAAAAACACUCAGCUAAAAAAAAAAAAAAAGUCUCUCUAAACAUGAUGAUUGGUGCCUCCUUGCAGUUGAUUCACACUAGGUCAGUGCUUCUACAUAAGGGCUGCAUGUUAACAGGUACAAACGUAAAACCCUGAAGCUGUGUUAGUUUGUGCUCAUAGGAAUGAUGAUGUUCUUUUUGCACAUCUAGGGCUGGUUUGCAAAAGAGUUGAAACUGUUGUUGCAUCUUUUUCACUAUGAAUAUUGUUUUUCUUAAGCACUAGCCAUAUUGCAAGGAUUUUAAAUCUUAGUUGUGUUUUGCACAUUUGUCACAUCAAACCUCAGUAUCCAGGGAGUAACAUACAACAUAAAGGUAAAUUUCCUAUCUGCCUGUUAGCUGUUAGUUCAUUUUUGAUUAGUAUUAAGGCAAGCGUCGAUCUCUCAGGCUUCUAGUUACUCAAAGUCUUACAAAGAACAGAGAUGUGACAUGACUGUGAGUGAGAGAUUCAUGAUGACUCUUUAAAGUGCCUUCGAUUUGUCUUCAUUUCUCUGGAUGCUGUGCAAUGCAUAUAACAUUGAGAAUAACAUGGCUGAAAAUGUUUAAAGGCCACUUUUAUGUUUUGCAAAAAGUCAUUCCAUGUGUGUAUGUGCAGUUUUACACUGAUUAUGACACGAAGCUCUUUUUUUAAAAAAAAAAAGCCAUAAUUUUUUUUAAUGUUAAUUUUCAAGAAGUGCAAAUUGAUUUUUUCAUCUGUUUUCUGUCAGACACGUUCAGCACACAGACUUUCCUGCACGUUAGUUUCUGUUUUCAGAAUAAUUAUCAUGUGGCGAGAACUCAGGGUUUUAAAUAAACACAUAAUCAAUGAAUGCUUUCGUAAGAAAUAAAACUUUUUGAAAUGUU